AUGAAGUUUCCUGCGGUUAGGGUAUUGACAGAUGAUUUUCCACGACGUACUUACAAACCGUCAAAUUUAGCUACAAUCGAUGAUAUCGUUGUGAAAGGACUCCAUUAUGGUCAGCGCAAGUUGCUUCUUUCAGAAAUUGAGUUUCUUUCAGCAUAUAUUGAAACUUCAAGGACCCCAAAGAAACCGUUGCUUGUGGUAUAUGCUGGUGCAGCUAAUGGGUCUCAUCUUCCAUUCUUGUUUAAUCUUUUUGAAGAUGUAAAAUUUGUUCUAAUUGAUCCUGCUCCUUUCUGUACGGCAGUGCAAGAUAUCGCAAAACGCUCAAAGAAGCAUAUUUUAGAACUAGUGGAAGGAUAUUGUAGUGAUGAGUUAUGUAUUCGCCUAUCUCGUUCGUAUCAUUCGGAUUACAAUAUCCUUUUUGUUAGUGAUAUUCGUUCUGGUGAACCUAAGAAGCAAUCUAAUAAGGAGAAUACGGCAAUGAUUAUGCGUGAUAAUGAAAUGCAGAGAAGUUGGUGUUGUUCUCUCAAAGCGAUGGCAGCAAUGCUUAAGUUUCAUCCUCCAUAUCCUCGAUGUAAAGAUCCCAAAUCACGGAGUUAUGAUGAGAAUGAUGACACCCCUGACAGCAUUGAGUACAUGGAUGGAAACCGUCUUUUCGGUAUUUGGGCUCCAAAAUCUUCUUCAGAGCUGCGUUUAUGCGUACAAGGUCCUUUUACUCCUGGUAAAAAGAUAGCUAUGCGACGUUAUGACUGUACUUUACAUGAAGAGCAAUGUUAUUUUUACAACACUAGUGACCGCUAUUCCCGUGAUUGUGAGGCUGAGAAAAAUGUUUUGCAACGCUACCUGAAACUCUUUCCCAUGGCGUUUUCUGCAGACGUAGUUAAAUUAUCAAACGCUAUUAGUGAAUUCCUGAAGUUUCCGCUUUUCCGUCCACUGGAUCCAUCGUUUACAGAGAGCGAUGCACGUUGGGUGGCUCUCUUGUAUUCAACACGAGAUGCUGAGAGUUUGGUGUUGUUUAAGCCUUUACGUGGUCUUAUAACGUUAAGUGUUAUAAAAGAGUUGAUAAAAACGUGGCGCGAUGCGACGUCUGUUCCCGAAAAUGUAAAAAUUGGUUCUGUUACACUUUCACGUGAGUUCUGGAAGGUUAUGUGUACUGGUGAUCUUGUAGAAACAUACAAUCUACCACGUACUCGUUGGGGCUUUGCGCACGAAAUCAUCUCGCGCAAGUUGAAGAGGUCGCAUAGCGAAUGUGUACCCUCCAAAAAAAAGGUGACGAAAAGAAAUAAAAAAUGA